AGUGCAAAUCUUGAGAAAGACUUGAGCAGCCCACCAACGAAUAAGAUGGCUCCAUUCUCAUUAGUUGAACCAAUUCCAGCAAAAAAAUUACUAUAAAAUACUACUCCAUUACAACGAUAUCUAUAGCUCCCGUUCCACUACCGAACGAAUCUUCCCCACGGUAAUGAUAAUACCAUCUUAUAUUCUGAUCAUCCACUUGUGUUUGUGGCCGGGAUUCUGUAGAGCACAGGCGCAGGGCAACACUAACACGUCAACCGCUUCCUGCGGAAGUAAUGGCCAGUGUGGGGCAUUCGGUAGCUGCAACGCGCAAGAUGUACCGCUUUGCAGUUGCUUGACCGGAUUUAUUCCGCUCAAUGCUACGGAUUGGGAAUCCGGGAACUGGAGCAGCGGCUGCCAGAGAAAUGCCGCAUUGAAUUGUGGUAACGGCACCACUAAUGAUUGGUUUCAGAUGCUCCACUCGAUGAAGAUUUCCGGCUACUCGUCUCGAUCGUCUGUCCCCAAGGAUCAAUGUGAAGGUAUAUGCUUGAGGGAUUGUUCGUGCAUAGCCCAUGCGUUUGACACCGGGAUUGGUUGUAUGUUCUGGAAUUCAACCUUAAUCGACGUUCAGAAGGUCUCCAGCUUGGGCUCCGAUCUUUAUAUCCGGCUCUCAGUUUCCGAGUUGGGUCAGACGAAAGGCGGUCAGAAGAAAGGCUUUAAGAAGAUCUUUAUAGUUUUGCCCAUCGUUGCCUUUCUUGUUUUAUGUGUUUGCACAUAUUUUUGUUGGAAGCGCAGAGGCAAAAGAGAGACCGUUGAACUUGGCCAUGUGAGGGCCUCGGGAUCAAUUGAUCAUACCUCUACUCCAGAUGCAUCAAGUCGAGUUAAUCUUGAAGACAUACCGUUGUUUAAGUUUGAGGAACUGGCAAAUGCGACCAAUAAUUUCUCUGAAGAUAACAGGCUAGGGAAGGGUGGUUUUGGCCCUGUCUACAUGGGAAUUUUGGCUAGUGGAAGAGAAAUUGCAGUUAAGAGGCUUUCAGUUGCAUCUGGACAAGGGGUGCAAGAAUUUAUGAAUGAAGUGAUGCUCAUUUCUAAACUCCAACACAGGAAUCUUGUUAGAUUACUCGGGUGCUGCGCAGAGGAUAGAGAGAAGAUGUUGGUGUAUGAAUACAUGCCUAAUAAAAGCUUGGAUUUUUUUCUAUUUGAUCAAUCGCAAGAUGUCCUAGAUUGGAGAAAGCGUUUCAAUAUUAUUGAAGGUAUCUGUCGAGGCCUUCUUUAUCUCCACAGGGAUUCUAGAUUGAGGAUAAUCCAUCGAGACCUCAAGCCAAGCAACAUUUUGUUGGAUAACGAUUGGAACCCAAAGAUUUCAGACUUUGGCAUGGCCAGGAUAUUUGAGGCAAAGCAAGAUCAUGUCAGCACAGUGAGAGUGGUAGGAACCUAUGGAUAUAUGGCUCCUGAGUAUGCAAUGGAAGGAAGAUUUUCGGAAAAAUCAGAUACGUUUAGCUUUGGAGUUCUGAUGCUGGAGAUUGUUACCGGGAGAAGGAACACACGCUUCUAUCCUAAAGAAGGCUCUUUGAACCUUCUCGGACAUAUUUGGACAAAAUGGAUGGAGGACAAUGUCACGGCUUUGAUAGAUCCAAGAAUAUCGAGUUCAAGUUACCAGACAGAUGUGAUGCGGUGCAUACAUAUCGGAUUAUUGUGUGUUCAAGAACUUCCUAAAGACAGGCCAUCUAUUUCAGCUGUACUGUCAAUGAUAAGUAGUGAAAUCAUAGAGCUUCCUGAACCAAAGCAAUCGGCAUUUUCUACUAAGUCUAGCCACCCUGAUACAGGUACAAGUUCUUCUCUGCAGAGUAAGAGUAGUGCCUUUGCCUCCUUGAAUAAUGUUACUCUCUCCAUGGUUGAUGGUCGAUGAUACUUGUCGAUUUUAUACAUCGAUCAUUUGUUGGACUUGUUGUAAAUGGAUAUCCAGGCAGAGUGUGUGCACUAAUAGAUGUACAGGGUUGAUCUUUUGCUUGCAUUUUUCUGUGAUUGAGGUCAGUUUAGUGAAUUAGGUGUUCGCCUAUACAAUUUUGAUGCAAACUUUGAUUCAUUGUAUUUCUGGGACGUAAAAAAGCUACUACUAUGUUAAUGAACUAUUCAAGUGUUUAUACAUCAAA